AACAAUAAAAAGGGUCGACAACCUCGCUAUUUCUCCGAGAAGAGAGAGCAUCAACUCCUCGACCGCCGUUCGUCGCCGUCUUCUUCUGCCGCCGCUUCAGCACCAUCACCUUCGGAAGAAGACAGCAGCGGAAGAAUGGAUCAGCAGCAGCAGAUUGCGGUGAUUCUCGGCUCGGCGGAAUCAGGCCCCUUCGAGUCUCUGAUCGGCCAGUUGAUGUCCGCCUCCAACGAGCAGCGGUCCCACGCCGAGUCCCUCUUCAAUCUCUGCCGCGACCUGCACCCGGACGCCCUAGCCCUUAAGCUCGCCUCCGUCCUCCACUCUUCCCCGGCGCUGGACUUCCGCGCCAUGUCCGCCGUCCUCCUCCGCAAGCUCCUCACACACCGUGACUCCGACGCACCCUUCUGGCCCCGGCUCUCACCAUCCUCCCAGACCUCUCUCAAGUCUCUCCUCCUCGCCGUCCUCCACCAGGAGCCCGACCGCUCCACUGCCAAGAAGGUCGCCGACACCAUCUCCGCCCUCGCCGUCUCCCUCCUCCCCGAGUCGGCCUGGCCCGAUCUUCUUCCCUUCCUCUUCCACGCCGUCUCCGCCUCCGACGCUUCCCCUCGUCUCCAGGAGUCUGCUCUCCUCAUAUUUUCCCAGAUUGCCUAUGUCCUCGCGGACGAUGCCUCCUUCAUCGGCCCCCACCUCACCACCCUCCACUCCCUUCUCCUUGCCGCACUCUCCCACUCUUCCGCUCCCGAUGUUCGCGUUGCUGCACUCUCUGCUGCAGUCAACCUCGUCACUUCCCUGGAGUCUACUGCGGAUCGUAACCGCCUAGCUGAGCUUCUCCCUGCCAUGAUGCGAACACUUACUGAGUCUCUCAAUUCUGGCCACGAAGCUGCCGCACAGGAGGCUCUUGAACUCCUUGUUGAACUCGCAGGCGCAGAACCAAGGUUCCUUCGCCGUCAGAUUGGCGAUGUUGUUGGAGCCAUGAUGCAGAUUGCCGAGGCAGAUGGACUUGAGGAGGGUACUCGCCACUUAGCUAUUGAGUUCGUUAUCACCCUUGCUGAAGCAAGGGAGCGAGCCCCUGGGAUGAUGCGGAAGCUCCCCCAGUUUCUCAGCAGACUAUUUGCUGUGCUCAUGAAAAUGCUCCUUGAUUUAGAGGAUGAUCCUGCUUGGCACACUGCUGAGGUUCAGGAUGAGGAUGCUGGAGAAACUAGCAACUAUGGCGUUGCACAGGAAUGCCUUGACCGUCUUGCAAUUGCAGUUGGUGGAAACACAAUCGUUCCAGUAGCCUCGGAGCUCUUACCAGCUUACCUGGCUGCCCCUGAGUGGCAGAAACACCAUGCAGCUCUUGUCGCUCUUGCACAGAUAGCUGAAGGUUGUUCAAAGGUGAUGUUAAAAAAUCUGGAACAAGUAGUGACCAUGGUUCUAAGCUCUUUCCAAGAUCCCCAUCCUCGUGUUCGCUGGGCAGCAAUUAAUGCCAUUGGUCAGUUGUCCACAGAUUUGGGGCCAGAUUUGCAACUCCAAUAUCAUCAGAGGGUGCUUCCUGCAUUGGCAUCAGCGAUGGAUGAUUUCCAGAAUCCUCGUGUGCAGGCUCAUGCAUCUUCAGCUGUUUUGAAUUUCUGUGAAAAUUGCACUCCUGAUAUUUUGACACCUUACCUAGAUGGAAUCGUAGGGAAGUUACUAGUUCUGCUACAGAAUGGGAACCAGAUGGUUCAAGAAGGAGCUUUAACAGCUUUAGCUUCAGUGGCAGAUUCAUCACAAGAACAAUUUCAGAAGUACUAUGAUGCCGUUAUGCCUUACCUCAAAGUGAUAUUGAUGAAUGCGACUAAUAAAUCAAACAGGAUGCUUCGUGCAAAAUCAAUGGAGUGCAUAAGUUUGGUAGGAAUGGCAGUGGGCAAGGAAAAGUUCAGGGAUGAUGCUAAACAGGUAAUGGAAGUUUUGAUGGCAUUGCAAGGAUCACAAAUGGAGACGGAUGAUCCUACUACAAGCUAUAUGCUUCAGGCAUGGGCCAGGUUAUGCAAAUGCCUAGGACAGGAUUUUCUGCCAUACAUGAAUGUUGUUAUGCCCCCAUUGCUUCAAUCUGCCCAGCUGAAACCAGAUGUAACUAUCACAUCUGCAGGUUCAGAUGAUGACAUAGAAGAUUCAGAUGAUGAAAGUGUUGAAACCAUUACUCUUGGAGAUAAAAGGAUAGGAAUUCGGACAAGUGUAUUGGAGGAGAAAGCCACUGCUUGUAACAUGCUAUGCUGCUAUGCUGAUGAGCUAAAAGAGGGCUUCUAUCCGUGGAUUGAUCAGGUCGCUCCUACACUGGUACCUUUACUUAAAUUCUAUUUCCAUGAAGAAGUAAGGAAGGCUGCUGUUGCAGCUAUGCCGGAAUUACUCCGAUCGGCAAAACUAGCUGUUGAAAAGGGGCAAGCUCAAGGCCGUGAUGAAUCAUAUGUUAAGCAAUUAUCAGACUACAUAAUCCCAGCUCUUGUUGAAGCAUUGCAGAAGGAACCAGAAACAGAAAUCUGUGCAAGCAUGCUGGAUUCACUGAAUGAGUGCAUGCAGUUAAGUGGGUCACUUCUCAGUGAAGACCAGGUUAAAAGCAUAGUUGAUCAAAUAAAGCAUGUGAUAACUGCCAGUGCAUCUAGGAAAAAAGAAAGAGCCGAAAGGACGAAAGCUGAGGAUUUUGAUGCCGAGGAAGAGGAAAUCCUCAAGGAAGAAAAUGAGCAGGAGGAAGAAGUGUUUGAUCAGAUUGGGGAUUGCCUUGGAACUCUGAUUAAGACCUUCAAGGCGUCUUUCCUGCCGUUCUUUGACGAGCUCUCUCUUUAUAUUACUCCAAUGCUGGGAAAGGAUAAAACACCUGAGGAGAGAAGGAUUGCUAUUUGCAUUUUUGUUGAUGUUGCAGAACAAUGCCAGGAAGCAGCUCUUAGAUACUACGAUACCUACCUUCCUUUCCUAUUAGAAGCAUGCAAUGAUGAUAAUGCAGAUGUUAGGCAGGCUGCUGUUUAUGGUGUUGGUGUUUGUGCUGAAUUUGGUGGAUCAGUGUUUCGGCCUUUGGUUGGAGAGGCUCUCUCUAGUUUGAAUAAUGUGAUUGGACAUCCUGAUGCAUUGCAAUCGGACAAUGUAAUGGCAUAUGACAAUGCUGUUUCAGCACUUGGUAAAAUAUGUCAAUUCCAUCGUGAUGGUAUUGAUGCAGCUAAGGUUGUUCCAGCUUGGUUGGGUUGCUUGCCAAUAAAGAAUGAUUUAAUUGAGGCCAAAAUUGUUCAUGAACAACUCUGUUCAAUGGUUGAAAGGUCAGAUAGGGAUCUUUUGGGUCCUAACAAUCAGCAAAUUCCUAAACUAGUUGCGGUGUUUGCAGAGGUUCUAUGCGGAGGGAAGGAUCUGGCUUCGGAACAGACUGUUAGUAGAAUCAUCAGUCUCUUGAGACAGAUUCAACAAACACUCCCACCUGCUGUCCUCGCCUCUACCUGGUCUACCCUGCAGCCUCAGCAACAGCUUGCUUUGCAAUCUGUAUUAUCAUCGUAAGCCAUUGCUUGUAUCUUUCUUCUUUUCUUCUUCUGGGCAUGUGUUUCCUAGUUUGCAACAUUGUCGCUAUUGCAUAGCAUUCUUUACGUCCACUUGUCAAGUUUAUUAAAUUGUGGGGGCAUUGUUCGAUCGGGUUGCUUUUGGUCUGCUAGAGAAAUUUGUAAUUUUGGUGGCGUGGGUGUACAAAAUGACCGUUAUAUGUUUAUUUGUUGCCAGAGGUGUAGAUUGUGAAGGGUCGAGAAACAUUGUAUUUUGCUGGAUUCUUGUUUUUUUUUUUUUGGGUCAUAAUGGAAGGGCUUGGUGAAGACGCAUGCUGCAUUUCCAACUA